CCGUUAUUCUUAUUAAGUGAAUCCCAAUAGAUACUUCGAUAUCCACAUCUUUCUUCGUUGACGUCACAAUGUCAUCACAAGAACGCACGGCAGCCUCGGCGAGGAAUAAAAAUGCCACGAUCGCAAGGCAUCUGGCGUCUUUGCAGAAGGAAAGUUGUGCGCUGUCGAGAAAAAUCUUCGCUUCGAAGUUGAAGUACGGACUAAAUCACUCCGUCGUCGGCUUGAAGUUCCUCAAGAAGGAAAACAAAGAGUCGAGGCAUUUGUUGGGAACGUGCUUCUUACCUUUGAUUCCAGAGGAGCAUCACCCGAAACAAGACGACGAGGAGGGUGCGAAAAGCUUUCUCCUGAACGCUUACCAGGACCGAGCAGCGGAAACCAGUCCGGGGUACGGUACUCAAAUUGCGGUGUUCGAUCUGGUUUUGGAUGAGUGGCGCAGUUUUCUUCUCGACAACGUCGAGGAGUUCCAGGUCCUGCAGAAGGUCGGCAAAGCGAAGGAGUUUAUCUCGCACCACAUUUUCCCCUCCGGGUUUGUCGACGAUUUUUCAGACGAUUUCGUUGACUUAGGAAAGAAAACCGAGGAGGAUGAGAGCAGUAGCCGAAGUGCAUGCGGUCCUGGCGGUUCCGGGAACGGCCACGACACCACGCGGAAAAAGGUGACGCCGUCCGAGCGGACGACGGUGCUGGCGCGAUUCCUGGCGAAGUUCAAGUACCUCGGAGGCCUGCAGAAGGAAGAGGAGAGACGGAGUGACCUGCCGGUUUGGGCUGCUGCAGCCGCAGGAGCAAAGGGGAAUAAACCAGGAGACCUCCGUACGGAAACUUCGACUGCGCGUGACAAAGUGAGAGGCAAGCGCGUGUACGACACGCUGCGGAAAUACGCGGCGGAAAAUGAGCCGGAAGAUGAAGCGCAUGAUAGUACUCCGGUCCCCGAAGGCGUCGGGGUGUUGCACGUAGACGACAUGCAGCACAUGAAUAACUACAGCUCUGCGACGUCAUCUAGUGGACCAGCGACGUCGGCUGCAGCGCGGCACAACAAAAAGGAACAAACCCAGCUGGAACAUCAAAUUGCCAAGGGGCAAGCCCCCGCUGUGCUGAGUAAGUACAAAACAACUUUUAACGACAUUUUUGACGCCAACUUCGGCGCUGGCACCGACUUAGAAAUGUUGGCCGAUGACGUGUUGAAAAGUUUCAAAGAAAUCGGCGGGCUUUUGCAAGAGGCCAACGACUAUGCAAGAUUGAAAAUUAUACCGAUCUGGGUCUGGUUUUGUAUAAAUGCGCGAUGAACUUUCGUUCUUCGUUGUUUCUGACAGGGCUGGAAUUGUUUGCUGUGCACGCGAAAUAAGUACAUGAUAAUUUGACGUCGUAUAAUUGGAAGCCUAGUACGGAAACAACAUCUACUUGUGGUCAGGCUCCGAUGGGGUCUGGAACAAGUGAUUGGUCUGUAAACUCGAGAAUCAGAUGAACCACGUAUGGAUCAUGUGCAUUUUUCAUUUUCCAACCCAGAUCGUUUUUAUCAGUUGAUACCGACGAGCACUACAGCGGCAACAGCGAUUUGUACACGCAGUACGCUGCGACGCUCCAGCGAGCUGGGUUUGUUGCGUUUGAUGAGGCACGCGGAACGAUGGAUCAGAGUCAGACCAUCGCGAUCGUGAAGGAGUUCUUUCAAAUCGCCGGACGGGACAAGGACCAGCUGGUUGUGCACGUGAGCAGCCAUGCUGGUCCGACCGGGGAGGCGGCGACGAGGAACAGCGAAGAAGAAGAAGACGCGCUUCCCCUGCCGGUCCCCGACGCGCUGAUUGAAAAGCAGCGGUAUCCGCAGCUGCACCUGGACUACAAUUGCGCGCGCUUGAUUGCGACGAAGGCAGCACGAGAAAAUAAUGAUCAUGGAGGUGGUCCAUCGUCCAGUAGUAGCACACCAGCGGCGGUGGAGCAGUCGUGCUCCCGAACAGCUGCACGGGGGCAGCAAGUACUGAAAGUGAAAGAAGUGCUGACGUAUUUUGUCAGCGACCUGGUCCUCCUUUCGCGCACCGAUACGUCCUUGGCCAGGAAGGCCAUGGAAAUCGUCCGGAUUGCCUACGGGCAAUUGUCCCUGUUUUCCCAGCAGUUCGAGUUCGAGUUGAUGCGCGACAUCGUCUCCAACCGGCAAUUUUCGGAAUGGUCCUGGAACAAAACGAAAGUGAUCGAGGGAGAGAGGCCGAUUUUUCAGCAGCAGGAACAGUACGCACUGGAGCAGAACCGCUACCUGCGCAAGUUGUAUUACAGUGAAAAGUGCCCCCCACCCCCGAAGUUGCAAAAAUUUGUGAUGCGAAGUUUCCAAAUGAAAACUUUUUGUCAUGCAUGCAUGAAAGGAGUAUGAAUCUUUCUGAUGCAGAUUCUAGUCGUGUUUCGCAUCGCUUGCAUGACAAGCGCCGCUCUUGCUGGGAUCUUUUGCAAUGCAAAUUUUUGCUAUUCACGAUCGGAAAUCUGUGAUGCUGAUACAUGCAAGAGGGCGAAUGUUUCAUUUGGAAAGGUUUGCAAUACAAAUGCUUUCAAGUUCGGGGGUCGUGGGGGCAUUUUUCAUUGUAAUAAGUUGCAGAAGUACUUCAUCCCGCAGAAGUAUCUGAAGACGAUCGACCGGAAGAGGGGGAAGGUGAUCACGAACUUGCUGCACAAGUUUGUGUGCAACGACAUCGGGUGGCAUAUGGAGUUCUCAAAUGUUACAUUCUCAACUGUUACAUGAAUUUGUCAUGCAAAAACACUAUCACUCUUAACACGAUCAAGCCUUCUCCGCAUGACAACUUCUUGACGCGCUAGAUAGCAUUACAAUCUGCUCCUAACCUGUAAUGCAAAAGGCGCAACAUUUUCCCUUUCAAUUUUGCCAUUCUUGCAUUACAAAUUUCAUGUAACAGUUGAGAAUGUAACGUUUGAGAACGCCAUAUGGCAGCUGUGGCACAGCUACAGCCAGCUCGUGCCCUGGAGCAUGACGAAGUGGGAACACAUAUCCUGAGUAAAAACGUACCCACACCAGAGUUGUAAUGCAGAUUUGCAAAGACAGGAAGACUUGUAAUGCGCAUCCCCAUGAGAGCCAUUUCCAGUCGUGUUUUGGAAUUUGUGAUGCUGUGAACAGGAUGAGCAGCUGGAUUUGUGAUGCGGCUGCACUUUCUAACCUGCACUACACUACAGAGUGCAACUUGUCAUGCGUGACUCACAAAACUCCUAGGUUUGUGUUGCAAAAUCCCCAUCCUGACUCUGGUGUGGGUACGUUUUUACUCAGGAUAACACAAGAUUAUCACCAACAAGCUGUUCCGGCGAAGCAACAGAUACCCACCGGAAGCGGUGUCCUUGCAGAAAAUGUUGACCCGGUGGAACUAUCGGCGGACGAUGGAGCUGAUGCUCUACGCCGAGGAACUGCAGCAGCUUGCGGACAUCCAGUGGUACGAUUUGACCAAAAUCAAACUCACGAAAGCGACCAGGACCGUGGCAGUACGGAUUGGAAAUGAAUGAUACUUGUUAUUGUUUUCGAUCUGGGUCCUCUGCUGGAGAGAUUUGGCCAUCUUUUUGGCGAUGCUCGGCCGUAUUAAAGCCUCCAAUUUUUUUGAAUGCAUGGCGCGGAAGCAGAGCCGUGUCAAGAACGACAGAAGCUUGCCUUUAUGUGCGCAAGUGCGACUUAACGCGCUAGGUAUGUGUGUUGAGCAUGUAAUAGAAUAGAUUUUCAAAUUUUGUAUAAAUCAUGCGUGAGUCAGUGUCAGAGUCAGACUCCAAGUCUGUUUGUCAUUGUAACUGACAUGAUGUCGGUCUGUAGGACGCGUAUUAUUGAUGAAUUAAGUAAGUACUUUUCUAUCUAAGUGGGCUUUCCACACGACCCAGAUUGAAGAUAGAUCAGUUGCAUUUCAUAGGCCGGCGCGGUCCGCAACCUGUUUCGGAUCAACGUACCUGGGCUGGCGGAGAAGCGUCCGUCGGUGCUCAAGGGAGAUAAGCUGUGGGUGCGUCAAAGCGACAACAAUAAGAAGAAAAAGAACAAGAAAGCGACAGCGACUUCUUCCUCUUCUGCGGCGAACAAAACCUAUGUUGCGUACGUGUGGUUCGUGAACAUUGAUCACGUGAUUGCGAGCUUUGACGCCGAGUUUGGCUCCGCGGAGGACUUGGAUAACUCCUAUGAUGUGCGAUUUAUGCUGAACGAUUUUUCCCUGCAAGUGAUGCACGACGCGAUCAGGCACCCCUACGUGGCCGAGUGGUUUGGAGAGAAUUACGAAAACUUCAACACUUGUGCCGAAAUUGCGAAAAAGAAGGAAAUGGAAAAGGUGGUCGCGAGCAACAACUCUUACACCAAUAGCGUCUCGGGCCUUGCGGUCGGGUAUGAUGGGCAAAAUCAGCAGUACCAACCGCAGCAGAUCUUUCACCCCAGCUUCAACUUCUUCGCGCCACAGACAGCUUCUACUACCGCGGCAGCAAUCUCGGCAGCGAACCAGCAUCUCGUGUUACAGCACCAACAAACACCAGGUCCCCCAUAUGCAACAGAGUACCACAAUCCGACCUACGCGAGUCUCCCAGGGGCCGGAUCAUCAUCCGCGUACUACGGGACCAAUGCGGUCUACGGAGAAGCCCAGCUUCCGUACAACCAACAGGGUAGCCAUACUGUGAGCUACUUUCAACCUGUCGUAGACGUGAAUAGCGCGUUCCAACAGAAUCAAGGCGUCACCACAUAUAAUCGCGUGGUCGUCUACGAGUCCCUAUCCUCUACAAAAGUCUAUUUUACUUCUACUACAGUGCCACCAAUUUCCAACUUCUAUGAGACUCUUUUGUACUUAAUUAUUUCGCGUAUUGCUCCGUCUUUUGGAAAGCUUAUCGGCUUUUUUACAGUGACAUUUUCUCUACGGUGCGUAUGCACGGCUUUUGUUGUCAUACAGUGUUGCAGUUGGGCUUAGGAUCUAUUCUUGGUGGUGUCGUCUGGUAAAUAAACUUUUGCAGAGGAUACUCGUCUCUGGACGAUCGCGUGGCGACGUACGACCAGCAGAAUCGGUGGCGUCAGCCGGAGCUGAAUACGGAGCAGAAGCAAGCGGUCGCUAUGGUGUUGUGCAAGCCGUCCGCGCCGGUGAUUCUGUGGGGCCCGCCGGGCACCGGGAAAACGAAGACGCUGGUGGAAACGAUCUACCAGGUUCUUUACACGGAAGAGCAGCCACGAAUUCUCGUAUGCACGCCCUCGAACCACAGCGCGGAUCUCGUCGUGGACCGGUUGAUAGAUCUCGGCGUCACCCACGACAAGAUGUUUCGCUUAAACGCCCGGUCCCGGGAUCUGGAGGACUUGAAAAGCGAAUUCCCGAAGGUGCUGUACGGGACGUCCGGGCACGGGUACUGCGGUUCCGAUCCGCAAAACCUGCCGAGCCGCGAGGAGCUCCAGUCCUACAAGCUCAUCGUCUGCACGUGUGUCACUGCCAACGUGCUGUUUCAGCACGGUUUUGGGCCGGACGUGACGGGGGUGGGGGGAGAUUCAGCAGGUAGUCAGGGGGCGUAUUACGACACGCAGAAGAAUCAGUGGGUUCAAAACAGCAGAACAACUGUUGGUAAUAAAAAUCCUUCCGAAAAGAAGCUGAGUCGGAAAGAGAUUUCGCGAUCCGCCAAGAAAAACCCUUACUUCACGCAUUUAUUGAUCGACGAAGCAGGCCAGGCGCUGGAGCCGGAGAUCGCUGUCCCGCUGAAGGUGACGGGCGAAGAUUCGGUGGUGGUGCUGUGCGGCGACCCGAACCAGCUGGGGCCGGUCGUGCGCUCCAAUGUGUGCAAGAAGUUCGACUUUCACCACUCGACGCUGCAGCGGAUCGCGAAGAAACGGGAGCUGCUGGCCACCUUCAUGAACAACAACAAGAAGAAGGGAGGAGGACACCAGCAGCCGCAGACAGGAACAAGGAAUACAACUUCGCGUGGCACUGCCGAGCCAGAAAAUGCGUACGCGAACGUGACCGCGGCGACCAGCUCCUCCUAUCAGACACAGCAACGGGAAACGCAGCGGCAGCGACUCGAACUGCUGAAGAAGGGCUGUGUGUUGCUCCGCGUCUCCUACCGCGCGCACCCGCAGUUGGUGAAUUUGUACUCCAGUCUCUUCUACAACAACGCGACCACCUCCUGCGUACAUGACCAACGCAUGAACAACAUAUGAAAUGCAAAAGUAUCGUACUAGUAGAAAUCGCAUGACAAAUUUCCUCAGCAUGAGAAAUGAAAUUUGUAAUGGGGAUUUGACCACCACCACUUGAGAAAGAAACUUGUAAUGCGUGACUGCGAUUAGUACGAGUGCGAUACUUCUUUUGCACAGGAUACAACGCGGGCAGCUACCACAACAGCUUGGAGCAGUUUAUGGCGUUCUCAAACGUUACAUUCUCAACUGUUACAUGGAUUUGUGAUGCAAAAACAGCGAAUAGGGAAAGGUUGGGCGAGCUUGCAAGUCUCGCAUCACAUUUAGACGCUGCCUAGCCCUUCGAGACUUUGUCAUGCGAAGCAGCUUGAUAGUCUGGCGGCUCAUGAUCAUUUUGCAUGACAAAUCGUGUAACAGUUGAGAAUGUAACAUUUGAGAGCGCCAUACAGUUUUCCCAGUUCCGGUACUGGUCCCGAAUUCGAAAUCACAUGGAUUUCCCGUUCCUCUUCGUGCACGUAUGAGAGUGCACAAGUCGUCUUUCCCGAUGCUGUUUCAGGUGCUGCAGGCGUUGUCCGGCAAGGCAGUGCUGAAAUGCAGUGCUUGUCGUUGCGUUUUACUUUUAUUUGCAUGGCACUACUCCAUCAAUUUCAGUAGAAAUACUUGAGCGCCGUCACUCAGACUUAGAGAGAGAAGUUGUGCACUCUGAUACCACGUGGAGGGCAAGGAGAACCGGGAUUACGACAGCUAUCCUGAGUAAAAACGUACCCACACCAGAGUUGUCAUGCCAAUCUGCAUGCCAAAAAAGUUUCUCAUGCGGAGCCCCAUGCGAAAGCGAACCAUUUUCUCGCCGUGUUUUGGGAUUUGUGAUGCUAGAAUCAGCAUGAUAUCCUAGAUCUGUGACGCUUCGGAACUAGCUAAACAGGAUUACACUACGAGGACAAACUUGUAAUGCGAAACAACCAAAGGUGGCUGAUUUGUCUAGCGGAUUUCCCAGCUUGACUCUGGUGUGGGUACGUUUUUACACAGGAUAACAGCCCGAGUUGGUUUAACGAUGUGGAAAUCGAAACCCUGUGGGAGUAUUUGACCUCUCUGUUUCAGGAGUUUGGCGAGGGCGAUCCGCGGCACUUACCGGGAUCGCCGCACUACUUUCCCGGCGGCACGACGGGCCAGUUUCUGAAGCCCCAGAGCGUCGGCGUCAUUGCGCCCUAUCACAAGCAAGUCAUGAAGCUGAAGGCGAAACGGAUGGCCUAUGGCCGCCAGCUGCACCCGCAAGCCGCCGCUGCGCUGAAAAUUGGAAGUGUGGAAAACUUUCAGGGGCAGGUAUCUAUGUUGAAUCAUCGGUACUUCUUGCGGCAAUCGUUGUUCGGAUAAGUAAAGCUAAUUUUUUUCCGUUGGUGCUACGCCAUGAAUGAUAGAAGUUGGAGAUGGCAUUUGGAUUUGCAGUUCCGGACUUCCUGGAUCAUGUUGUCUGAUUGUUAUUACUUGAAUGAUUUCCCCCGGUAUAGAAACUUCUACGAAACGCUACACAGGAAAACGACGUGAUUUUCAUGUCGACCGUGCGCUCGAAGUUCGACGACGAGAUCAAGCAGGACCUUCGCAUGAUGCUCGGCUUCGUCGGUUCCCGGCAGCGGCUCAAUGUCGCGCUGUCGCGCGCCCGCCAGCUGCUGGUCAUCGUCGGCAAUGGGAAGCUCUUGUCCUUUAUCAACUGUAAAAAUGUCUGGGUCUGGAAGAGUCAUGCUGUUUCUGCAUGACACAGAAGGUCUGGCAUGGAAGCUCUAGCAUCACAGGUCCCGAGAAGCUUCCGCAAUGCCGAACCCGCAUGACAAAUCCCCCAUUUUGGUGACAGAAAGUGAGUAGCUUUUGCUACCUAUGCAUGAGAGAUUUUUGUGUGUUCUGAAAUGCGCAUCACAGGUUACAUCCUUCCAGACCCAGACAUUUUUACAUUUCAUAUCCUUGGACCGCUCGUGGAACGUCCUGCUGCGCAUGGCCUGUCGCUGUGGCAUAUCAAAAGUAAAAGUGUCUGGGUCUGGAAGGAUGCGAACUUGUCAUGCAUAUUUUCCAUGCCCCAUGAGGUCUGGAAUGCACGACCUAGCAUGACAGGUUUUGCGAAGUCUCUAUCAUCCCAAUCCUGCAUGAGAAACUCCCUCCAAAGUUGGUCGAAAGUGGACAGCUUUUCGCACUCACGCAACACAGAUUUCUGCAUGAUUCGGAUUUAGCAUGACAAGUUGCAAUCUUCCAGACCCAGACACUUUUACAGUUGAUAUGGCAGCGUCCACGGGAAGUUGCGGGAGAGCGAUUUGAGGCCGCACGAGCAGAGCAAGACCGUGGAGGGCUUUGAUUUGGAACUGUUGCACCAGCAAAACGACCCGACCGAGUUCUUCGCGAACUGCGACCUGCCCUGGCGGAGUGCGGAGCAGAUUUAAAAUUUGAAGUUUUGGCAUCAUGCACUCAACAUGAUACUGAUAGAUAAACGAAUGCAAUAACUAAUUUUUCCACGAUCACGCAGAACAAGAAGAGUCGAGUGACCUGCUCGACGAGUUGGAACACUUUUGCGGCGGCGGUGGGGGUGGAGUGUCGCCCGUUGCAUUUCGCAAAGUGACUGAAGAUAUGAAGUGACUUGCUGUGCUACCUCAACCUCAGAGCUCCUUGUUUUCAGGAU